GCAGCGCGGGGCGAUUGUGCUGGGCUGGCAGUGCGAGACACGAGCCCUCCCCCGCUUUCGCUCGUGGCUUUUGCCAAUCUCUCUGCACCGUACACACUCAUAGCACCACCUCUAACAACCAGAGAAGAGCUGUCAGCUGCAUUCCGCAAGCCGUAGAAACUUGCCUGUCAUUUAUUUUAUUUUAUUUUUUAUUUUUUUUUAUUUGGACGCCGGCUUUGCGUGAAGCAUGUGGGAAGAAGACUGGCAGUUGAAGACGGACGCAUAACUGCUCCGGUCGUGUGAGGGGCGGUGGGAGGGAAGGUUAGGAAUUAUUCUGACAAAGAAUUAGCGUGUGCAACAGCUAUUACACAAUAUACAGCUGGUGUUUUAGCAAAGAAGAUUAUUCACACAAGGGUAUCCCUUGUGCGUCGCAUGUGACUGGUUUCUUCAUCAACAAUGCAUCUCUUGCAUAAUAUUGUUGCUGGCGAGGUCCGACGAUGACUGAGCACCCAGACUCAAUCAACCCGGACCUGUGAAGAACCACAGGCGGCCGAGUUGCAGGGAGCCGCUCCUGGAAUGCUGUAGCUCCUGGGCGGCGCUCAACUGUUGCUGACUGACUAUAACAUCUCGAAGCUUCCGAUGGUGACAGAAAUUAUGGAACCUUUGGACAUCAAUCGAAGGAAACUUGUCUGAAGAGGACUGUGGCCUAUGGGACUGUCGAAGGCGGCGGGGAUGAUGCGGCCGCUGAGGAAGGCUCCGGCGCACCUCACCCUCUCCCUGCUGCUGCUGGUGCUGCUGUUCCUGGCAUUGUCAGCGCUGCCUGUGCAGGGCAGCGCGCGCGGUGGAGGAGAGCAACCGCGUUACGAUACGGUUUACGCCUGUGAGGGUAAGGUGCUCGCCAUCCGCUGCACCGACGGAAACCUCAUCCAUCUGAUCCGCGCCAACUACGGCCGCUUCUCCAUCACCAUCUGCAACGAACACGGGAAUACAGAGUGGAGCGUUAACUGCAUGUCGCCUAAGUCGCUACGCGUGCUGCACAACAGAUGUAGCCAGCAGCAGAACUGCAGUAUUGUUGCUGCUACAAGUAUGUUCGGGGAUCCUUGCCCGGGUACUCUAAAAUACUUAGAGGCCCACUACCAGUGCAUGCCAGCGACGACGACGACGGACCGGCCGAGCCCGCCCUGGCUGACGACGUCGCAGCCCUCGCCCUGGAGCACGGUGCGGGUGGAGGCGCCGCUGCCGCCGCCGCCGCCCCCCAACGUGACAUUUCCUUCUCCGCAAGUACAAAGCAAUUCAAACCUACGUCGCGCCGGCUCGGCUGCAGCUGCGGCGGCGGCGGCGGCGGCCGCAGCGGCGGCGGCGGCGCUGCCGUCGCACUUCCCUCCGGAGGAGCUGUCGCGGCUGUGCCCCGCGGUGACGGCGCGCAACCUCUUCUGGAACUGGACGUGGGCGGGCGACGUGGCCGAGCAGCCCUGCCCCGGCGGCUCCACGGGCCGCGCGCGCUGGCAGUGCCGCCGGCGCGACGACGGCCCGCCGCUGUGGGCGGCCGACGCGCCCGACCUCUCCGACUGCCACACGCUCUGGUUCACCAACCUCGAGACGCGCAUGACGCACGGAGACUCCAUCACCACCAUCGGCAACGAGCUGGCACAGGUAACAGAGAGUGUGCCCCUCUAUGGGGGAGACAUGCUGGCUGCUGCUGAAAUUACACGGAAACUGGCCGGAAAGAUGUCUUCCGACAUCUCGACUUUCCCUGACCCUCGACAGCGUGAGGCCAUUGUCACAGAACUUUUGUACAGUGUCAUCCGCACGGGCAGCAACUUGUUGGAAUGUUCUCAUCACCAGAGCUGGAAGGACCUAACAUACAAGCAGCAACUCCAGGUUGCAACUGAAAUGCUAAUGGGCCUCGAAGAAAAUGCAUUCUUGCUAGCUGAGACUGUGCGCCGUGAGAAGAGGGUUGUGCAGACUGUCAAGAACAUAUUGCUGAGUGUAAGAGUAAUUCCACUUGCCCAAGUCAGUGAAGUGGAGGUGUUUCCUCUGGCAGAAACUCACGUUCCAUGGCCAAUAUCACAGAACUGGGUAGAACUUCCAAGAAUGUCUGUUCUUGAAAACAGUGACGGAGGAUUUGUACGCAUAGUAUUUGCAACUUUCGAUCGAUUAGAUGAGGUCCUGCAGCCAAGGAAUCGGUCUCAAAGAAUCAAUUCUAAAAUUAUCGCAGCUUCUCUUGGGAAAGGAAAGCACAUACAACUAUCAAAACCUGUGAAAAUAAUUCUGCAGCAUAUUGAUACAAGCAGCAACCUCACAAACCCUUCGUGUGUUUUCUGGGAUUAUGUAAAUGGGGCAUGGUCUGAUGAAGGCUGUCAAGUUGAAAAGACUAAUGCAACUCAUACCCUGUGUGUAUGUGACCAUUUAACCAACUUUGCCAUACUGAUGGAUGUGCGUUCUGUAAAAAUUGAGGCCACACAUGAGUUUGUGUUAUCAUUCAUAACUUAUGUGGGCUGUAUCAUCUCUGUUGUGUGCCUGGCCCUGGCAUUUCUCACCUUUCAAAUUUUCCGUGGACUCAAGUCGGAUCGUACAACAAUCCACAAGAAUUUAUGCAUCUGUCUUUUAAUUGCGGAAGUAGUAUUUCUGUUUGGCAUUGGCCAAACGCAGCAUCGAGUAAUUUGUGGUGCUGUCGCAGGGCUUCUGCAUUUUUUCUUCCUCUGUGCGUUUGCGUGGAUGUUCCUUGAAGGGUUUCAGCUUUAUGUGAUGCUGAUUGAAGUAUUUGAAGCUGAAAAAUCACGCAUUCGGUGGUAUUACACAUUCGCCUAUGGAGCACCUCUGAUAAUUGUAGCUGUGUCUUGCAGUGUUGACCACCUCAGUUAUGGAACUGAAAAAUACUGCUGGCUUCGUGCAGAUAAUUUCUUCAUAUUCAGCUUUGUUGGACCUGUUAUAGCUGUGAUACUUGCAAAUCUAGUCUUCUUGAGUAUGGCAAUAUACAUGAUGUGUCGUCAUGCAAGUGCGUCAGCAUCGAUGAAGAGCAAAGAACACUCGAGGCUUGCCAGUGCCAAUGGGAAGGAGGAGAAUGCUCUCCAGAACAAAUUGCAAUCACACCUGUCAUGGCUGAGGGGAGCUAUUGUCCUUGUCUUCUUGCUUGGACUUACCUGGACCUUUGGAUUACUCUACUUGAAUGAAGAAUCACUUGCAAUGGCAUAUAUAUUUACAACACUGAACAGUUUUCAAGGAAUGUUUAUCUUCAUUUUUCACUGCAUUCAGAAUGACAAGGUGCGAAAGGAAUACAGGAAGCUUGUGCGGAGGUACCCGUGGCUGCAGUGUAGGAAGAAGAGCAGCAGGAGCGGAGCAGCCAAGGAGCAUGGAGGACGUGGCAUGGCUUCCGGAUCGGGCUCGGGAUCUGGUUCGGGUUAUGCUGCCAACAAUCCCAACUCUCACUCGACGGACAGUUCGGCCCUGUCACCGCACGGCACUAGCAACAUUUCGUUUAAAUCGUACAGCCGUGAUUCUGGACACGGUGGCUCUGAGCAAGAGGACUCUGGGACAAGUGCUAACCCGAGUAUGUUACGUCUUCAACCGGCUGUGCGGGACAGGGAAGCCCGUACUGCUGGGAAUGUCGCUGGAGCACCACGUUCUCCUAGUCCCUGGAACCACACUUACACCGAAAUCCGUGAUGCCGAUCCCGUCUACGAGGAGGUCGGGCGACGAGCAGGUGUCGUGCCUGUGCACGGAGGUGCAGGAAGUAGUUCACGGCGGCGUGGUGGAGGUGCGGGUACAACUGCUGGGACACUGAGGGGUGGUAGCGUCGGUGGCCUGGACCACAGGCCACUGAUCUCGGGUGGCGAUCGUGACACGACUACACCACGUGCACGCAAUGCUCGCACAGUUGCUGUACUCGACGGUGAGACAGUCGUUUGCCAUCUGGAACCUGAACGUUACGAUUCGUGUGAUUACGAUCCACGUGACUAUGAAGCUAAUAGUUACGAUUAUGGCAUCGGUGGCUACGACCCUCGCGACUACGACACUCGUGACUAUGGAAUUCACGGGUACGAUCCACACGAUUGUGAAGAGCAGCAUCAGCAGACACAGCCACAACUACAGUCACAGCCACAACUACAGUCACAGCCACAACUACAGUCACAGCCACAGCCACAGUCACAGUCCCAGACCCAGACACAGUCACAUCCACACUCACAAUCAGAUUCACAGUCACAUCCACACUCACAAUCAGAUUCACAGUCACAUCCACACUCACAAUCAGAUUCACAGUCACAUCCACACUCACAAUCAGAUUCACAGUCACAGUCACAGUCAGAUUCACAGCCACAUUCACAUUCACACCCACAUGGACAUGGACAUGCACAUGCACAUGGACAUGCACAUGCACAUGCACAUGCACAGUCUCAGCCACAGUCACAGUCACAGCCACAAUCUCAGCCACAGCAACAGUCUCACCACCACCACCACCACCAUCGCCGGCGGCAUCACCACCGUGAGCACCGCGAACAUCGUGAACACCGGUAUCCUUACGGGUCUCCGGCAGUCACAGCCUACAGCGAAUGUUAGGCGAUUACUUUCUGUGGAAUGAGUCUCAAUCUUGUGAUGAGAAAUAAUUGGUCGAAUCCCUGCCACUGUAUGCUGAAACUAGGAAUAAGUAGGUUGUGCUUGAUACUGUCUGAAAACGUGUAAUAAUAUGCAUUAUCUUUCAUUGUAUGGCCAUCCCUUGCUCUUCCUGCUCAGUGAACUGUAGAAGUUUUGGGUACUUUCGAUGUGAUUUGGUGUUGGUCACCUAAAAAUGAAGUGUAAUAAUUUUACAAUUAGUGUACUCCAAAGUUUUAAAUGUGAAAUCCUUUAGGAGAGAUCCACAAUGAGAACGGUGACUAAAGAUGUAAUAUAAGAGACAUCUGUGAUCGAACAACACAGAUGGACACACAUUCCUUUAUGUCGGUGUCGAUGUUGAUGGAAGCCUCUCCUACUCACUGAUCACGCAUUUCUUCCGUUACCUGAUGCCACUCCCUUCCCCCUAGCUGACAAAUAGAAAAUGAUGGCUUAUCUGAUGCUACCCCUCCUUAGUUGUAGAAUCGUAUAUGUUCCCCUGGUUUUAUCGUGCUGUGUGUUCUCUUUGUGUAACUACAUAAGUUAACAUGGAUGUCAAAUUAUGCAAAUUUGUGUAAAACUACUGAUUGUCAGUCAAUGUUACAUUAUAUAAAAUUUAUAUGUUCAGAGCAGAGUUGUAAACUGGAUGUUAUAUUAUAUAAGAUAUGUAUCCACAUUAAAUACAUAUGAAUUGAACUAAAGGAGACCACUGGUAGUCAGUUUCAGAAACUGAGUGAAACGCAGGUUCUGAAAAAGCUGACUGCCGUGAAUUCCUUGGUUUGGUCUAUAUUUGUUGUAUGUUGUAGUGAAAUAUGUGACAAUUAUCUUCUGUGUGUACCAAACUCCCACGAAAAGUGUAAUAUCAGUACCCUUCCUCCUGAAUUACUGUGCAUCGGAAUACUGUAAAUUUUUGUGUCAUUUCCCUACCCCUUGCGAUUCCCAUAAGAUGUAACCGAAGUAAUGUUUUCUGAGAAUGGAAUGUAUCUAUAUAUGUAUGUAAUGUAAAUAAAUGUCAGGUAAGUCACCUGGAAAGAUAAAUUACUGUGUUUAGUUGAGAAUGAUUUCUGGACUCAGCCAGGUUGUAUUUGUCUGAAAGACUGUUAACAGUUAUGUAACGGACAAUUUGAGAUUGCACAACUGUUUGAAAUAAAUUAUUUAAGAGUUUGUAUGUUGUAUUUUUUUAUUUAUACAUGAAGUCCUUGUAGAAAUGAAAUGUGAUGUAAAUCACAGUCUGAGAUUUGUAUUAUGUAACUGAAAUCUAGGGAACACUGACUGAAAUACCCUUUGUUACUUUUUGGUGUAAUUCAAUUUACUCAGUUGCCAAUGAGCAUUGAAAGAAUGAGAAAUCUGCAGGUCGUAUGGGGAAGGCGAAAUAUACUUUUCCCUUGAUUCUUCAAGUGUUUAUUUUUUUUAUUAAAGAAAUGUAUUCCACUGAAACUGUUGUAACACUUAAUUGUAAAAGUCUCUCACUGUAACAAUCAAAAAACAAAACAGAUCAUCAAAUAAAAUUUGUAUUGCUCAUUUGUACCUUAA